AUGAUUGAUGUGGAUGCGGAGUUAAAUGGAGGAUGUCACAUUCAGUAUGGCAGGGGAGCUCAGUCUCAGCCAAUAGUAGCAACCCUCGGUGCUGACAUCAUUCUGCCGUGUCAGCUGGAACCUGCAGAAGAUGCUACAGACCUGACGGUGGAGUGGUCGAGGCCGGACCUGAACCCCAGGUUCGUCCAUGUGUGGCGUUCUGCUCAACACCUUGUGGGUAAACAACACAAGUUAUUCAAAGGAAGAACGUCUCUGCUUGUUGAGAAGCUGAAGCUUGGAAACAUUUCACUGAAACUGUCCAAAGUGAAAAUCGCUGAUCGGGGAACAUACAGAUGUUUUACUCCAGGACUGGACAGGCAAUGUUUUGUUCAACUACUUGUUGGUGCUGUUUCCUCACCGUUCAUUAAUUUAGCAGGGAUUGAUAGAGACAAAGAGGGAGUGGUUCUCCAGUGUGAGUCUUCUGGCUGGUAUCCAGAGCCUGAGGUGUUGUGGCUGGACGGUGAGGGAAAGCUCCUCUCUGCUGGACCUACAGAGACAGUCAGAGGUCCUGAUGACCUCUAUACUGUCAGCAGCAGAGUGACUGUGGAGAAGAGACACAGCAACAGCUUCACCUGUAGAGUCCACCAGAAGGACACCAACCACACCACAGAGACACACACCUAUAUUCCAGAUGAUUUCUUUAACAUCCAGUCCAGUUCUGCUCCCAUUAUUACUGGUUUGGCUGUUAGUCUGGCAGUUACUUGGAUCAUCCUGUUUGUCCUGUUACUUUUCUUUUUUGUGUGGAAACGGAGACAAAAAAUAACCAAAACCAAGAUAAGCGACAGAGAUGGACCUGAAGAAGGAGAAAAGAAUAACUUCUCUGAAACUAACAAAAGUGAAGAUCAGCUCACUGAAGAGAGAGAGAGGCUCAUGGCAGCUGAUUCAAUGCAAAUGCAGGUUUUCAAAGAGGAAGGAGAAGAUAAUACCAAGCACCAUGAAGACAAACUAUCUGCUGCCUCUGAUCUGUCUCUGGUCCCUGAUGAGGAUCUAAAGAAGAAAGUGACUGUGAACGAAGUGGAUAUUCCUAACAAGGAGGCAAACCAAGCUGCACCAGCCAAGUCCUUCUUGUUUUCUUUGGUAAGUGGUGCAGCCUAUAUCACAAAUUACACAUUCCUCCCAUCAUCUUUUAGUUCUCAGACGCAGGCUGAGAAGGAUGCAGAGUCCUUGAAGAAGGAGGUGUUAUCAGCUGACAACAAGAAGCUCCAAGAGGAGAAACAGAGGAGUGAGAAGGAGCUGAAAAAGGAGCUGGAAAACAAGAAAAAAGAGGUGGAUCAACUAUCAGCUGAUUACAAGAAGCUCCAAGAGGAGAAUCAGAGGAGUGAGGAGCAGCUGAAAAAGGAGCUGGAGGAGAAGGAAAAAGAGCUGAAGGAGUUGGGAGAAGCAGCCAACGAACGGUGGAAGGAACAGAAUGAAGAGCUUAAUAAGGCAAAGGGUCAGAUCAAGAGUAAGGAUGCAGAGAUCCACCAGCUGAAAGGACAGUGGCAGAAUGUGGUCAAAGAAGAAAUGACCAAAAGGGAGAAUGCUGAGAAAGAACUGGAGAACCUAAAGGAGCUCCAGACCGAGCCAUACACUAGCUAA